GUUAAGGUGCGUCUUCGCAAAUUCCUCAUAUUUCUCAAUUUGCGUCCUACCACGAAGUAAUUUUUUGCAAUCAAAGUCACGAAAAAGCAGCUCUAAAAAUGGUGCAAACAUAAAGAAGGAAAUAUGCCAAAGUAGAUAGGAUAUUUUUGAAAAUCUAUACAUACAAGGGCAAAAAUAUUUGGUAUUUAAGGUGCACUGCAAAUUCCCUGGCAGACGGACACCAGCGAAAGUGAAGUAUAAGCAAGAAGGCCAAUCAAGUUGGCCAAGCUGGGAAUAAGAAUACUCUGCAAAAAAAGUUGGAAUACAUAUGCAAAAUAAAUUCCAAACAACAUGGCAACAUUAAAUAUCAAGCCUGUCGUGACGACGGUGGGAGGAGCCAAUGCCAAUUUAUUGUCUAAUUUACCAUCAACCGCAGAAAAGAAUAAACAAUGGCAAAGAGAACUUCUUAUGGAGCGUAUACGCUCGCAUUCGUCACAGCACAAAACAUUUCAGGAGCUCUCCAAAGGUAUGCGUAUGGGAAUGUUAGAGAAACGUUAUCCGCUGGAUGCUGUGGAAAAAUCCAAUCUGCAAAAAUGUUUGGAUAACAUGCAACACUGCAUUAAGGUCACCUCUCGCCAGGGUCUGGUCGAAAGAUUGGAAAGUCUUUCGCGUCAGCUGAGUUUGAAAUUUUCCGAUGAUACAAAGGCUUUGUUCAUAUCAACUGAUAUGUUUUAUCUGGAGAUACUUUUGGACUCUAAUGGCUCGUUGACGGAUGUUAAGGUACAUCAUGAGUCGAAGGUGGAGCAACAAUCUUGUAGUGAGUUGGUAGACUGCUUAAAUCGAGGAGAUUUUGCUGAUUUCACUGCGCAGCUGGAGGGUUUCUCUUCGAUAUAUCAACUGAACGCGGAAUCAAAAGUUAAAAUCAAAGCAUACGAUGCAAUGCAGGCUAUGGAGACGGAUUUGUACAAUAUAUUCCAAAUGCAAAACUUCUCUAAAGAUGCGGCUCAAGUUUUGCAAGAUUCAGCGGUGGGAAUUGUGAUGCAACGUCGUGGUGGCCAUCCCAUGAGACUUGUAUACUUUGUAUCUCCGUAUGAUUUGAUAUCCUUGGAAACCAAGACCUUGCAACCUAUAAAUUUGGAUACGUUUAGUAAUAAGAAAAUCGGUUUUAGUGUUACGGUGAACUUGGAAGCCUCCUCAGCCAACAAAUUACAAAUACUACCCACAGUAACGUUUUCAAAGGAUCCUCAAAGUGGCAUGGAUAUGCCGGUAUUUGCUCCUUUGACGCAAAUGAAUUCCAUGCUCUUGCCUGCAACUUUUGUUCUAAGACUAAAUAAAUCCUUGCCGGUAUGCUACAAUACAAUGCGCGCAAUGGGAUUGUGCCCGGCAGCCAUGGGUGGUGAUAAUACUGCCUCCAUGAGCUCGUCCUCAACAUUGGAGUCCCAAAAUAAGCCACCGGUUAUAGCGAAUAUCAUGAGUUUGGUGAUACAGACGGCAUCGGAACAACAGACCAAGACUUCCCAAAAGGGAUUGUUUGUGUGUCUGCCAGAUCAAACGCAUUGCUAUUUCUUUACGGAAAACAAGCUGAUGAAGUCAACUUUGAUACACUCUGUGCCGUUUACUGAACCCUCACAAGUUCAUAAAAUCUUGGAAUUCUUGAAAAAGAUGGCUUUGUUCUACUCCUUGCUGGCAAGUUGUGUGCGGCCACAAUCCAAAAUGGGAAUUGACGUGGAUUCCACUACUGUACUGGAAGUUAAUGCAAUAUCCUUUCAACAAAUCUCCGUGGCCCUGCAACAUCCUUAUGAGGAGUCCAUGGCCACUGUUGAGUUUGAUUUACGGAGUGGAGUGCCUCAAUGCACCAUCUAUAGCAUUAGCAAGAACUAUGACAUACUCUCCAUCAAGUUGACCAGUAUCGUACAAAAAUGCCUCUCUAUACCUGUAACUAUUAGGGCCUUACUCAAGUUUUGGGAUCAAGAACGCAUAAAAAUGUUUCAACGUAAUCUGGGUGCAACAACUGCGGCUCUAGGUGGUUCAGGCGGCGGUCCCAGCGCCACAAGUGGAGGUGGCAAUCCACAUAGUUCAUAUGGAAAUUUUAGUAUGACCGGUGGUUCCAACGAUCCUGGAGGUGGAAUGGGCCGAAUGCCAGGUAUGGGUGGCGGCGGUAGUGGUGGUUUGCCUGGAGGUGUUCCCAUCAAAAUGGAAACCAAUUCUGUGGGCCAACAGAGAUUAUCGUCGCAAAUGCCGGCGGUGGGAUCUGCAGGGUUUCUUAAGUUCAAAAGUGCUGCUGGUGAUAUUAAGCAGGAGGAUUUUCAUGAGAGCCCAAAGAGUCAAACAACAACUUCAAUUCUAGCAGCCGAUACUAUGACUGCAUCGAACCUAAUGCAAUCUAAUUUAGAAGUGAACUCUUUGGGCCAUCAACAACAACAACAACAACAAAAACAACUAGAACAACAGAUUGCUGAUCAUGAUAUUGCCGAUAAAUACAAAAAUAUUUGGAAAGACAAAACCACCAAUCUAAAAAAUUCUGUAAGUAUUACACCCAUCAAUGCGGAAAGCUCAAACUCAACGCCACUGGAUGUCAAACGUACUGGUGGCAUAGAGAUUAUCCCCCUUACAGGACAAUCAAAUAAUCCCUCUGUAAAUGCUGCAUCCAAUGCAACGAGUCCCAUAAAUAAUAAUGGAUCCACUACCAUUACCAUAACACCCAUAAAUGCUGGUUCUUCGUCCUUGGCCACGUCUUCCUCAAGCUUGGUUAAUAAAGAGAAAAAGUUGGCAUCAUCAUCUGCAAAUAGUUUGGGACCAUCAGUAGGCACAAUACCAUCUUCCUCAUCCUCCUCCUCGUCGUCGUCCUCAUCGAGCAAGCGUUCUCUAGAUUCGUCGGAGGGCCAAAAAGAUAAAAAGCGUAAAAAGAGAAGAGAUGAUUCGCCUAUGGGGCCUCCAGAAAAGAUUUUCUCAAGACAAAAUUCACCGGCAGGUUCCAGUGAGGCAGCUGUAACAACAGUGGCUCGCAAAUUUUCUUCACCCUCCUCAUCACCCAAAGGAUCCUCCGGUGGUCUACUGGCAACUUCGGUGGCGGGUUCCUCCCUUUCAGCGCGGCCUAGUCCCAAGCACUCACCUGUUUACAGCAGCCCCAAACACAACACUGCCUCGAAUAGCCCCAAAUCACCGUUUGGCACCCAUUCUUCUCCCAAGCAUGGCUCUUCGGGUAAGCCUAGCAUGUCUACCCUCAAAAGCGCCACAGCUGCCAGUCCAAAGGAAAAAUCAUCCAGCUCGUCUUCUUCCAUGACCUCAGCUUCUGUACUAAGUACAGCAGCCUUGGUAAGGUCAUUGACAUCAUCAUCUGGCUCAUCCUCCUCCACUUCUUCACCAUCCACAUCUUCGGUCAAUGCCAAGGCGGCAGCAGCAGCAGCUGUCAAAUCCAGCAUGGGUGUCACCACAAUGCAGCAAAUGAAAUCUGUGCCGGGUCUAAGUCUUAUGACGGCGGCUGCGCCCUCUAACUUUGCCGGUGGCUCCAACAGUGCUUUGGAUUUGAAUGCUGGCAUGCGUAAAGGUGUUGCCGCUGCGGUUAGUUUGAUGACGUCGACACCAACUACAGCAACAAUCUCCAAGUCUCCAAUGUCGGUUCAAUUGCCGGUGUCAACUCAGGCGGCCCUGGUGGGCUUGGAGCCACAGGACAAAGUCAAGCAGCGGCUGCAGCCUCAAGUGCCAAUCUCUCUCCCUGGCAUCAAUGAGGAUAAUAAAACGUUAAAGACUAAAAAUGCCUGCACUCAACAGCAGGCAAUAAAUAAAACCAGUGGUGGCAUUGGUAGCAAUUGCAACGAUAGUGGCAAUAGUGAAUAUAUGGUCAAGACAAGUCAGGAAGGUUUGAAAUUAACCAUCAACAAAACCAGCAGCAGUACAACAACAAGCAAGUUGUCCUCCUCAUUAACCUCGAGUUCAAGUUCCAGUUGCAGUUCAACUUUUCCUUCAUCUACAUCAAGUUCAUCCUCCAAAUCAGUUUUAAAAUCUAAACAAGGUCUAGGAUCUCCCUCCUCUCAUCAUGGUUCUUCAUCUUUGGCUUUGAAUAAGAAAAUACACACAGGAUUAAAGCCUGGCGUUAGCAGUGGACCGGCCUCUAAAAAGCCCUCCUCACCAACUUUAUACAAAUCAUCUUCCUCGUCCUCCUUAGGAUCAUCCAGCAAACAUAUGUUUCAAAAAUCCUAUUCCUCGGGUAGUCUUAGUACAAAAUUAGGUUCUGGCUCUUCAAAUUCCUCAUCGUCAGCUUAUGGCCUGUCCAAAAGUCAUAGUACAAAUUCAUUUGGGGAAUAUCGCUCAAGAACCUCCAAGAAAUCUCAUAGUGCUUCCACUUCACCGGCUUUGCAGACACCCUAUGCUUCUUCGACAAACUCACAGUCACAGCCAGCCUCCAGAUUAGAUCAUCAGGCGGAUAUGCUGAAGAUAUUGCAAUAUGCCUCACCCACAAUGGCGGCCAGUAUGGAGGGUUUUAUGAAAGGAUUAAAUUCUAAAUUUCAAAUACCAAAACUAUCGCAGCGCAAUAGUAACAGCGCAAGUGGGUCGUCCACCAACAAUAAUACAUCAUCAACUGCUAGCACCAGCACCACUUCUACAACUACAACCACAAUUAUUGCCAUAAACCCCAGCGAUAAGAAAUUACCUUCAUGUCCAACAACACAAAAUCAACCAGCCCACUCCAAACAUCAUACUCAAUCAUCCAUGUCCACACUCUCCACAAAUGUAAACCAAGGUACACCGACAUCAUCAUCAUACUCGUCAUCGUUAUCCUCUUCGAAAUCGGUGCCAGCUUUCGAAAGUUCCGCCCCUAGUAAAUCGACUUCAUUGGAUUUUCUUAAUACCGCCACAAAAUCCUCGGUAAAUCCAACACAUAUUGGUGAUGAUGCUAUGCGAGGAACAUCAGCGGCCACCACAGCACCGCCUUCAUUAACGAGUAAAUGACAAUGUCCUUCCGUUGUUGCCGCAGUGUCGCCAUAUGCCAUUCCCUACUGGCUGCCUCUCUGUCUAUUUUGCAUAUAAAACCGUUUGGCCCUUAAAUGUGAUUAAAUUUGGUACAAUAUAAGAAAUCGUUGCCGUGUUACCUACGACUUGUUGUCUGCUGUUGACUGGCCACAACCAAUACUGUGAGUAAAAAUGGAUUAAAACGAUGGUUGGAUGAUUGACUGCUGCGGCUGGUGCUGCUGUCCUCAGGAUAGUUUUUAAGUAAAAUCCUCUUCCAUCUUGCAGUGGAUACGUCAUCAGCCUCUUGCCUCGCUCACACCAGCCAGUCAAAAGUUAAUUAAGUCUUAUAGUUGUGUACUGCCUUAAAAGCAAAUUGUUGGUAAUAAUUUGAAAAAAGAGAAAAGAUCGAAAAAAGUGAAUUAACAUAUUAAAAAAAAAAACACACACACACACUUACAUUGUAAUUUUGUUAUAAAAGUAUGAAAAGAUGAAAAAGAAAAAAUUAUGGAAUUUA